UUAUGAGAUCACGAGGUUCUUUAUCAGAACUUCCAGGUUCGCAAGCGUGCUCAUAAAACCCUAAUUUUCCCUUCUUCUCAGAAAUUUCAAAACCCUAAUAACAUCGUUUACCUUCGGUGGAAGACGAUGGCGGUCACACUCGACGAUGAGAAAACAAAGAACGUCAUCCGCCAGGUUGAGUUUUAUUUCAGCGACAGCAAUCUGCCGCGGGACAAGUUCUUACGAACUACUGUUGAGGAAAGCGAGGAUGGGUUGGUGAGCUUGGCUUUAAUCUGCUCUUUUUCACGAAUGAGAAAGCAUCUGGAUUUGGGUGAGUUGAAGCCGGAGGAGAUUGCGGAGGAAACAGUGCUAGCCGUUGCAGAGGUCCUACGGAAAUCUUCUUCCCUCAGAGUUUCAGAAGAUGGCAAGAAGAUUGGCAGAAGUACUGAGCUAUUAAAACCAGAAGACGUGAUUGAACAAGUUGAUUCAAGGACAGUGGCUGCAUCACCUUUGCCAUAUGAUGUUAAGAUUGAAGACGUGCAGGCCUUCUUUGAUGAAAAGGGAAAGGUGAACAGUGUAAGGCUUCCAAAACAUAUUGGCGACAAAAGGGCUUUUUGUGGCACCGCUCUAAUUGAAUUUUCAGAUGAAGAUGUUGCUAAAAACGUUUUGCAGGAAAAAAUUAUUUAUGCUGGUGUAGAUUUAGAACUAACAACAAAAAAUGAUUUUGAUGUUGAAAGAGAAAAGAAAGUCGAGGGGGUUGGAAGAAACCGUUCUAGCAAGGAUAGUUCUAAUAAGGAUAGUUCAAACGAAAGCUAUCCUAAAGGCUUAAUUGUUGCCUUUGAGUUGAAGCCAGUGGCGGUGCUAUCAACAAAACAAAAUGAUUCAGAGACUCUGAAAGAAGUAGAAGUUAUUGAUACAGUAGCGUCAAAAUCUAGCAAGAGUGAGGAAGCAACAGAAAACAUUGAUCAUGAAGAGAAAUCUUCUGAAAAUAUUGUUGAGGAAGGGGGAGGGAAUUCUCAAGCAGAUGACCUGCAAAAUGAGGAGAAAGCUGCUGGUGAUUCUUCCCAAAAGAAUGAGAUGGAAUCUGACAAAGUUUUACCAACUGAUGAUGAAAAUAAACCUGCUGGUUCAGCUGAUGAUUCGGUUGUGGUUACUCGAGAGGACCUAAAAGAAGUCUUCCAAAAAUUUGGAAUUGUUAAGUAUAUUGACUUCAGAAUGGGGGAACAGUCUGGAUUCAUCCGGUUUGAUGAACCAGAUGCAGCAAUAAAAGCUCGUGCAUUCUCAGUACUUUCUGAAGAAGGUGGCUUAGUGGUGAAGAAAAAGUAUAUUGCUACCUUAGAGGCGCUAACUGGUGAAGCCGAGAGAGACUACUGGAGCUUACUUCGUGGAAAUAAAGAUAAGUUCAGGGAAAAUAGGAACUAUAGAGGAAGGGGGAAACAUCAUAGAGGUGGAAGGCAUUUUGAUGGAAAGCGUUCCCGUGAUACGGAUUACUCAGUCAGGGGACGGCCAAAUAAAACACAGAAGGUGUCUGAUUGAUGAAGUAAGCUUUCCUUUUGUGACCACCAUCUAUAUAUUCAACCAGAGUCUUGCUUUUAAUUUGUAGUCUCUGUAAACUGUUAAGUUUUGAUUAUAUGGUUGGCCUAUCAUAUGAGUUUUUUGAAGUAAAUGAUACUGUUUAAUUCUUCUUCUAUCUGUAGUUCAUUUUUGUCUUUUUUUUUGAGUUCAAAUGUAGCUUUGAGGUU